UACGUGGCCCCGCCCCUCCUCUAAGACAGCAGCACCGGUUGCCUUGGGAGCGAGAAGCGCCAUACAGACUUGAACAGCAGCGAGGUCGGAAACCAUGAUUAUCGACAUCCAUAUGCUGAAGUGAGCGAGCACACAGAAGCAGUAAUGUCUCAACAGCAGCAGCAGCAGCAGCGGGUGGUUCAGCUGUCAGCGGCCGCGCUCGCUGUGGUGCUGCGGAAGGACGACGACGACGACGACUCAGCCAGCGCCAGCAGCGGCCACGAUGUUUUCAUGGAUUUUAAAUCCGAAAAUCUGCGCAGUUUCUGGAAUAAAAGGCUCGUGAAGGCAGUGUCCGAAGUUUACUUUCAGGGCUGGAUGGAAAAUUCUGUGCUGCUCGUUCAGGGAAGUGGCAGUAAUUUGGAGGUGCUGAGGGAAGCGUGGAUGCGCAGAGCUCUCAGGUCGCCCAAGGGAUUCACGAUCAAAGCAGUGGGUGACUUAUCUCCAGUACAAAUGUCACCUAUCUCUCAGUCGCAAUUCAUUCCACUGUCUGAGGUACUAUGCUCAGUCAUAUCCGACAUGAAUGUUGCUCACGUCAUGGUCAACCAAGAAGCACUAAUUAAUCACAUGAUGAAGGCCCACCCAGGAAUGGCCAUUCCCACUCAAGAUAUCCUCUACAAUGCUCUGGGAGCUCUCAUUAAAGAGAGAAAAAUUUACCACACUGGAGAGGGAUACUUCAUUGUUACACCUCAGACAUACUUUAUCAGCAACAACAUGGUGAAGGAGAAAAACUGGUGGACAAGUGAUAAUGACAGUCUCUCUCCUCCUCCCAUCACGUACCUGAUGAGCAAUGAGAGCUAUGUGGAUGCUUCUACUGAAGUACCCAUUAUGGCUCACUGCAAGUCCUGUAGUUGCUUCACACCUCAACUAACUGCUCCUCCUUCUGUCCAGGAGCAGUCUGUCAGCGUAAGUGAAUGCACUGGGAAAAGCCUUAAGUGGCCCAGAGAACACAAGCCAACUGUCCAACACCAGUCCACAUCUACGGCCGCAGACUACCAGGCUAGUGAAAUCAGCAAGUCUACAACAACUAGCCGUAAAGACAAGGAAAAACCUGGACGCAAAUUUGGCCUCAACUUGUUUCGCCGUAACACGGGAAAGAAGGAGAAUAAGUUAAAGAAGGAAUAUGCCACUUUCUCUGGACAGUUCCCACCUGAGGAAUGGCCAGUCAGGGACGAGGAUGAUCUUAAUAACCUUCCCAGAGAUUUGGAGCAUGCUAUCAUUAAACGGAUCAACCCUGAGUUAACUGUUGACAACCUUGUCCGCCAUACAGUCCUAAUGAAGAAAAUGGAAGAAAAGGCAGAGAGAGUGACAAAGGCCCUGACUACUGACAAAGGCAUGUCCACAGAGAUCCUGCUCCCUAAGCAAAGGCACCAUUCAACCAAAGCUGGUGGCAAAAGAUCAGCUUCUAAAGCCAAUCGGAGCAAGAGAAGAGUUCCCUCCGCAAAAGAGAAACAGAGGACAAAGAGUAAAGAUAUUCCAUGUGAUGAUGAUUUACAGGGAGAUGAUCUCAUCCCAUCUUGCCUCAGGCCUGAAUUAGUCCUAGAUGAGUCUGCCCAUCACGAGGAUUGUACAGCUUUGGAUGCAAAAUUUGUCUAUAAGAAACGCAUAGAGGAUCCAUUUCAGUCAAUUCCAGGAUGUCAUACAGCCGUCAAUCAGAAAGAACUAAGGAGGAGAGAAGCCAAGACCUCUAGUCGACGAGAGCGAGCAGGCCAUAGGUCCAAGUCCUGGGAUCCUCAUCAUGUGAAAGGGGUCACUGAAGAGGUGCAGAAAGCCUGCAUUCUGUUCGACAGAUCAUGUGAUCAGCUUCAUGAAAGAGGGCUGAAUUUGGACUCCACCUUAGAUGCUAAAACAAUCAAAGAACUUCCUGGAGACUUUAGCUCUUUCUACCCCGAGAACAGCACUCUGAGGAUAGAAGACAAAGUCAAACAGAAAGGCGGAGAGUUCAGCGAUGGGAGGGUGAAGCAGAUGAAACAGGUUUUACAAGCGAUAGAUUUAAAAGAUAUUUCUGAUCAAAAGCUUGGUACAGACCUUGCUUCGCUUUCAUACAAAGCAACAGAAUUACCUGUAUCAUGGCCCAAACCUACAGGUCGGUGUAGAGUGUCUCUUCAUCUAGUUAACAGUAAGGAGGAAUCUGACCACUGUCCUGACCUCCUCUCCUCACAUCAGCAAACUGGCAGCAUGGCAAGUAACCAGCACCUGGAGAACAGUGAGCGGGUACAUAGAAACACAAACCAUGCAGAUAGUGAAGUACACACUGAUGUGGAGCACCACAUUUACCAGAAUGUUGAAGAUGAUGAUGAUGGUUGUAGUUCCCUCUACCUGAAUGAAGAGCAUGUCAAUGAGUUAGUUCACCCUGGCACAUCUCGCUGCCGUGAGCCAGUCUGUUUCGAUGGGAAUUGGGACAGCUCUUUUAUAGAAGAGAGCAUAUUAACCCUUCAUCAAGACACCAAACGAAACCCACUCAGACAGCAUGAAUACAGAUGGCCUCAAACUGAGCACAAGUCUGGUUUGUCCCACCUACCAGCAGAUGACAGCCCUGGGGGAAAGCCGCAACACGUGGAUGAGAAACUGAAUAAGCCCAGCCCAGGACACUCCGACCCCACUGAGACCCUGGACAUCAGUAUCUUUGAUUAUAGUCAAAUAAGUGAGAGGGGCUCAGACACUGAAACAGUACUGAAGUCUGCAGAUGAAGACAAUGACCAAGCCAGACGCUGGAUUUGUCACUCACUGGACUACAACCAGAAUCAAUCAGUGGAUGCUAAUAACCUUCAGCCUGCAAGUCUGAGUCACUGUGAUCGUACUGGAGCCUGUACGGGUGAAAUAUCAGAGAAUCAAAGCAACACAGCAGACAGUGGGAUUGACUCUCCAAGGACACGCAUGAGUCUAACCUCAACUAACUCUGUGAUACUGAAAGGGCUGAAACGGCGUAAUUUCCUACAGAACCUUGAAACGCUCCACUCCAAAACCAGCGGCAUUCAUCCACAAAGUUCCCUGCUCCAGCUCACACCUGUCAUGAAUGUGUGAACGGCUGGGUGUAGGUUCACACACGGUGCUUUGAGUUAAUUCAGUUACCUCUGUAUAAUUGUUCAUAUGUAUAGCUAUUACAUGUAAAUAGUUUUGUUGAUACAGUAUUGAGUAGUGCAUAUGGGAUUUUGGGGUAAUUGGACUAUUGAAGAAUUUUUUUUUUUUUUUUUUUUUUAAUAAUUUUUCGUAUUAGCUAGUAGAACCAAGCUACUCUGUUUAUAAAGAGGGUUGCAUUAGUUAAAUUAAUCCUUUACACUUACAAUUCAAAAUAUGAAGAUCUUUGUAAAUUGUGACAAAAAUAAAAUGAAUACCUAACGUUUU